AGGGGGCGGGGGAGAUGAGGCAGGUCCCUGGGGAACUGGAACGGCAGCGGACGGGUCCCAGAGGCCGGCUGUGGUUCCCGAGAGGGAGGCGGAGUGGCGGCCUUAGGAGGAGAUUCCAGGGGUGGGAGAGGGACGCUCAGGGACGAGCUUCUCUCGGGGCCUCCGCCUCCGUCACGUGGGUGCGGGACCCGGCGGCUGCCGGUCGGUCUGCUGGUUGGUCAGACGGUUGGUCGGUGGGACGGUGGCCUGCAACUGAGUUUUCCGCUCUCCUGUUCGGAGUGGGAGGGGCACAGGAGCGGCCCGCACACCUGAUCCGCCCGGAGAGAAGCGGCGGUCCCACAUCCAGUAACAGGAAGAAGAGACUAAGCAGGCAAAAAGAGUCAUGGCAUUUGAUGCUAGUCAUGCCCUGGAAGCUGCCUUGGAGCAGAUGGAUGGGAUCAUUGCAGUCCCAGGCAAAUCACCAUGGUGCUGCUAGUAAUGAAACCUACCAGGAACGCUUGGCACGUCUAGAAGGAGAUAAGGAGUCCCUCAUAUUACAGGUGAGCGUUCUCACAGACCAAGUGGAAGCCCAAGGAGAGAAGAUUCGGGACUUAGAAGUGUGUCUGGAAGGACACCAGGUGAAACUCAAUGCUGCUGAAGAAAUGCUUCAACAGGAGCUGUUAAGUCGCACAUCUCUUGAGACCCAGAAGCUUGAUCUAAUGACUGAAGUGUCUGAGCUGAAGCUCAAGCUGGUUGGCAUGGAGAAGGAGCAAAGAGAGCAAGAGGAAAAGCAGAGAAAAGCAGAGUCAGUUCUGAAUGUGAUCAGUGAGCUGCAGGAGCAGAUGUGUAGGCUGCAGAUGGACAUCCACAGGCAGAUCCAAGAGCGCCUCUUACUCAGUAGGGACCACUCUGAGGAGGUGGCGGCCAGCAGCUGUAUGGCUGAGCCCCAGCCCUGCAGCCAGAACUGUGCCCCUUGGGAGGGUUCACCUGAAUUACUACAAGAGCUCAAGCACCUCAAAAUCAAAGUGGAAGAGCUGGAAAAUGAACGGAAUCAAUAUGAAUGGAAGCUGAAGGCCACUAAGGCCGAGGUGGCCCAGCUACAAGAGCAAGUGGCUCUGAAAGAUGCAGAAAUUGAGCGUCUGCAUAGCCAGCUCUCCCGGACCACAGCUCUUCACAGUGACCAUGCAGAGAGAGAUCAAGAAAUUCAACGUCUGAAGAUGGGGAUGGAAACACUGCUUGUUGCCAAUGAAGAUAAGGACCGUCGGAUAGAGGAGCUCACAGGGCUCUUGAACCAGUACCGAAGGGUGAAGGAGAUUGUGAUGGCAACUCAAGGGCCUUCAGAGAGAACUCUCUCCAUCAAUGAAGAAGAACUGGAGGGAAGUUUUAGAAAAUGGAACACUGUAAAUAAAGGCACUGAAGAAUUUAAACAAGAGAUGCCUCCAAGAUGCAGCUCUCCCACAGUGGGGCCACCUCCUUUGCCACAGAAAUCACUGGAAAGCAGGGUUCAGAAAAAACUCUCCUGUAGUCUAGAAGAUUUAAGAAGUGAAUCUGUGGAUAAGUGUGUCAAUGGGAAGCAGCUUUCUUUGGCAGUAGAACCCAAGGACAGCUCUUUCCUGGUGGAACAGAAAUAUCCUACAUUACCCGGGAAGCUUUCGGGAGCCACACCCAAUGGAGAAGCUGCCAAAUCUACUUCUGCCACCUCCCAGCCUGACCCUGUAGGAAGCAACCUGCUAAGACUGAAUCGUGGCCGGAGUGUCAGUGCCCCUGUAUUAGGUACUGUACCCGUACCAGGAGACACAGAAAGCAGUUGGGAUAAUGCUGCCAUGGCCAACGAACUCUCUUCCAACUCACCGGGUGCUGAGUCAAGCCCCCAGUCCCCCCUGACACCAGAUGGUAAACGGAGCCCCAAAGGAAUCAAGAAAUUCUGGGGAAAAAUCCGAAGAACUCAGUCAGGAAAUUUCAACACUGAUGCACCAGGGAUGGCAGAGUUUCGACGAGGUGGGCUUCGGGCAACUGCAGGACCAAGACUCUCUAGGACCAGAGAUUCUAAGGGACAGAAAAGUGAUGCCAAUGCCCCCUUUGCCCAGUGGAGCACAGAGCGUGUAUGUUCAUGGCUUGAGGACUUCGGCCUGGCUCAGUAUGUGAUCUUUGCCAGGCAAUGGGUGACAUCUGGCCACACUUUACUGACAGCUACCCCUCAGGACAUGGAAAAGGAACUAGGAAUUAAGCACCCUCUUCAUAGAAAGAAACUUGUUUUAGCAGUGAAAGCCAUCAACACCAAGCAGGAAGAGAAGUCUGCGCUGCUGGAUCACAUUUGGGUGACACGGUGGCUUGAUGAUAUUGGCUUACCGCAAUAUAAAGACCAGUUUCAUGAGUCCAGAGUUGAUGGACGAAUGCUGCAAUACCUAACUGUGAAUGAUUUACUCUUCUUAAAAGUCACCAGCCAGCUACAUCAUCUCAGCAUCAAAUGUGCCAUUCAUGUGCUGCAUGUCAACAAGUUCAACCCCCACUGCCUGCAUCGGCGCCCAGCUGAUGAGAGUAACCUUUCUCCUUCAGAAGUUGUGCAAUGGUCCAACCACAGGGUGAUGGAAUGGUUGCGAUCUGUGGACCUGGCAGAGUAUGCACCCAACCUUCGAGGAAGUGGCGUCCAUGGAGGUCUUAUUAUCCUGGAACCACGCUUCACUGGGGAUACCCUGGCCAUGCUUCUCAAUAUCCCACCACAGAAGACGCUCCUCAGGCGCCACCUGACCACCAAAUUCAGUGCCCUGAUUGGUCCUGAGGCUGAACAGGAAAAGCGAGAUAAAAUGGCCUCACCAGCUUAUACACCACUGACUACCACGGCCAAAGUCCGGCCAAGGAAACUGGGAUUUUCACAUUUUGGAAACAUAAGAAAAAAGAAGUUUGAUGAAUCCACAGAUUACAUUUGCCCAAUGGAAUCUAAUGAUGCUAUCAGUGAUAGUCACCGGGUCUACAGUGGCUGCCGAGGCCUCAGCCCCCUUGAUGCUCCUGAACUGGAUGAGUUGGACCAGGUGGGACAGAUGGCGCCUUCCGAAGGUACUGUGACGCAGAUAGGGCUCCUCUCCCAAGACAUUCAUCGCCUUACGACUCUUUUGAGCCAGGACCAGCUGCUGAAUGACUCUUGCCUGGCUGCCCCCAACUCUGAUGACUGGAGAUGACAUUCUUCAUGGCCGAGAGCCCAGAGAGGCACAUGUGGGGCCCUAAGUCUUUGCCUCAAUGGGGAACUGGCACACAGCCAUUUGUACUAUGCAGAUGGAGCUGGUGGGACAUCUCAGAUGUGGGUGCUGACAAGCAAAGCAGAAUGAUGGGACAGGUGUCCAGGAGGUGGCCCCCAUGUUCCUAAGUGUUUUCAACUGUGCUGUGUUCUUUACUGAAGCCUUUCUAUCUUUUGUACUUUUAUACAUGGACUACAGACCACUUUGUGGGGAGUGCAAUGAGAUAUCAGUGCAUGGACUCAAUGGCUCAUGCUGUUCCUGGUGACAGCUGGGAGGCUCUUACACCAAAGGGGAAGAACUGUUAGUCAUAAAUCCUCUGCUGGAAAAAAGAAAAAAAGUUAGGAAAAAAAGUGUUCUGAAUGUUCUAUAGUGAUUGAGUGGGGUGAAAGGACUAUGGGAGUUCUCUCUGGGCUGCUUCACAGGAGCAUCUUCUCCAUUCACAGAAAUCUGGCUGAGGAGGGUAUUCAGGGCAAGAGCUGUGGGACUUCUCUCCUGCUGCCCUGGCUGCCCUCCAUGCUCGCCCAUCUUCAGUGGGGAUCUUCUGGGCCUCCCAGUGUCUGCACAGAGGAGUCCCCAACACACACACACACACACACACACACACACACACUCCCUCAUCUUAUCCUGACACAGAGUGUACCAAUCUCUGAGGCCUUUCCCUCAUUGUCCUUAAGCGGAAUGUCUGCUUAAAUAGCUCCCCCCAGUGGAAAGCUUCUGCACACCCUAAACUCAUUUCUACUGGAACUCAUCAUCUUCCCAAACAAGCUGUGCCCUUUCUAAUGUGUCCCAUUUCAGAGAGCUGCCACUAAGCCCCAGUCAGUGUCCCCUCCCAACCAGCCCCUUCCUCCCUCCCACCCCCAUGCUCUAGUUUCAACCUCAUCUCUCAUCUAAUUGUUGCAGCUGGUCUUCUUAAUUCCUCAUCAUUCCAGUUGGUCCCCUCCAGACAUUUCUCUACCCCAUCCCCAUGAUGACCUCCCAAAACAGUUUUAAUCCUGUCAUUGUUCAGAACUCCUCAGUUAAAUUACCACAGAUGAGCAUCCCAGGCCCUUCUCCAUUAUCAGCCAUUCUGAACCUACUGUUGAGUCUUCCUUCCCUCCAGGCCUUUGCUUAAUCCUUUCCCUCCCUGUGGUAUCCAUUUUUCUCCCAGUCCCCUUCAUGAAGCCAAAUGUUGCCUGUCAAGGACGAGCACAGAUACUACCUCUAUGUCCCUCAGGAAGCUUUUACUCUUAUAUGGGUAAGCCCAGUCCUGACCUCAAAUUGCUUCUUGAUCAGGUUCCUGCUGACCAGCAUCCUUGAUCUCUACACUAGAUGCCAGCAGCACCUUUGUUCUAGUUGUGAAACCAAAAUGUCUCCAUAUUUUGUCAAAUGUUCCCACAUUAGAGGAGGGACAAAACCCCCCAUUUGAGAACCAUUGGGCUAGAGAAUGAAUCAGGGAAGGGAGGUGCAGGAAAUAAAAAAAUCUAAUGAGGUCAGCAGGAGCCCAAUCAAGAAAGAUCUUGCAAACUAGGCCCCUGGAAUAUGUCAUAGAGACAGAGGAGUGGCCAGGGUGGGUAAUAGAGUACAAGCAGAGCAGGAUUUAAAGUAGGUAGGUAACAAGCAUGGUCAGAUCUGCAAUUAGAGCAAAGCCUGAGGUCAGGAUCUUAUGGUAAAGUACCCAGCUAAAGUGUCAUUCCCUGAGCAGGAGAUUCCCAGAAGACAUGCUGAAUGGGUAGGUAGAUGAAGCCUGGCCAGCCCUUCCCUUCAGACCUCCCACAGGCCUUCUGUGAGACCAUUCCACUGUAUGGCCACUUGUGGGCAAGACAGCUGUACUGCAGAGAGUUCCCUGGAGCUGCAUUCAUCUUCUGUGCUCCUUCUGCCCUUCCUAUUGUCCUGCAUACACAUAUACAGUGGGAACAAAUCCAGUGGUACCAAGGUCAAUACUGCUUCCAUUAUGUCAGUUUUUGUGAAAAGAGGAAUAACUUGGAAUAAAACAGACCCAUUUUUUAAAGUUA